AUGGGCACGGUCACACAGCUACGAAUCUUAGGUGGUGCCCUGGGUGUCUCCAUCUGCACGAAUAUUCUAAGCGACACGCUAAAUCGACUGCGCGACGAUCUACCAUCAGAAACAAUGGAGCGCAUAAAUCAGGAUAUAUCUAUCAUUCAGACACUCCCCGCUCCCGAGCAAACAGUCAUUGUUGCCAGUCUGGCAGAUGGGUAUAAGCGGCAGCUGCUCAUGGUUCUAGGAUUCUCUGCUGCUCAGUUGAUGGCUUUGGCGCUUUUGUGGGAAAUGCCACUUCGAAAGCUGUAA